AUUCAACAAAAACAAUGCAUGCUGCUGCUAGAGGAUAUUUCCUUUGCGCAGCUGAGCAAACCUCACGUAAAACUGUAUAACAUACUUGGAUAAUGUUAUAAGUUAUGUGAUGCAGCCACCGCUGGAGAAUGUGUCCAGUGUCUUAGUAUUUACACUCUCUGGACUUAAUGAAACACUUGAAAACAGAUUUGUGUUUUUUUCCCUCACUGCACUGUUUUAUCCCCUAAUGGUGUUAUGCAAUGUAGUUGUAAUUUUCACUAUAAUCUCACAAAAGACACUUCAUGAGCCAAUGUAUGUUUUUAUAUGUAAUUUGUGCAUAAAUGCACUUUAUGGCACUGCUGGAUUCUACCCUAAAUUCAUGUAUGAUUUGUUAUCAGAGAAUCACAUUAUUUCUUAUGUUGGAUGUAUGAUUCAGAUAUUUGUCAUUUAUUCAUUUGCCUUUUGUGAAAUUUCAACAUUAACAGUGAUGGCAUAUGACAGAUAUGUGGCAAUAUGUAGACCACUGGAGUAUCAUUCAAUAAUGACCAAUCAGAGGGUUCUUGAAUGUAUCCUUUUCUGCUGGCUGCUUCCAUGUUUUUGUAUGUUUGUUUUAAUUGUAUUAACAGCUAGACUCACUUUAUGUGGCUCUACCAUUGAAAAGUUAUAUUGUGAGAUUUGGGCAGUUGCAAAACUGUCGUGUUUUUCUACAACAGUAAAUAAUGUGUUUGGGUACAUUGCUAUUUUUGUAUGCUUUGGACAUGCAGUAUUGAUAUAUUGCUCAUAUAUUCAGUUGAUUAGAAAGUGCCUAAAGUCAAUAGAGGUCAGGCAAAAAUUCAUGCAAACAUGUAUGCCACAUCUGCUUUCAUUGUUCAAUGUGGUUAUUGCAUUGUUUUUUGAUGUACUGUACAGUCGUUAUGGCUCAAAGAAUGUGCCUCAAGGUGUGCGUAAUUUCAUGGCCAUGGAAUUCCUUCUUUUACCACCCAUUUUGAACCCAUUUAUUUAUGGACUAAAUCUGACAACAAUACGGCAGGAAGUUUUGAGGCUUUUUUUCAGGAAACGAGUGAGAAUAUCUGAGUAAAUAUUUAGUCAAAAGAUCAUAUGCUUUUCUUGUCUGUGACCCUUAUAAUCUCAGAAUCAGAAUGAGCUUUUUUCACGCAAACACAAGAAAUUUAUUGUGGUUUUUCAGGAGCUCUUGGUACAUACAUACAUACAUGACACGAGAACAGAAAGAACAUUUAAAAUAAGGCUAAGGGGAAAAAAAAAACAAUAACAAUAAUGUGGUAUACAUCUGGAACAGAAGACUUGUACAGAUUUGAUGUACAGAUGUACAGAUUUAUGCAUUGUGUACUGUAUGUACAGCUGUAUAAAUAGUUUUUGUGCUUAUAUGUUCUAGUGGACAGAUAUCCAUAACGUCUGCCUGAGGGCAGAAGUACAAACAGUUUGUGUCUGGGAUGACACAAUAUCUUCUGCUAUCUGAUUUGCUGGUUGACCCAAAACAAAUCUAAAGCAAAUUGUUCCUGUUAAGAAGUAGGAAAUAAGCCAGAGUAGGUUGUGUGUAAAAGUGAUUUUUCUGCCAAGUAAUAUUUUAUAUAGGUAUUGUUUGUAGCAACUUGGCUUAUUAAUAUGGAAUUAUUUUAAUAUAUAUGUAUGUAUAAUAAAGAUUUUGUAGGCAUAUUGUGUAUAUGUGCUUGUAUUCAACUGUUUUAUUUGUGAUAAUGCAAUGCCAAACUGCCAAAUUGUGCAGACAAAAUAUUUUUCACCCAUUGUGAAAUUAUAUUUUUCACCCAUUUUUUGGCCAUGAUGUCAAACAAAGAAAUUAUGAACACAUGUAAAGACAAAAGAGAACAUGAAAUAUUAAUAACCGAUUAUGUCAUAGUCAAUGUACGAUUUUUCCUGUGAGCUUUUUGUUUUCCUAUGCACUUUUUGCAUAGUAAAAUAAAACCUCUUACUGUAGAAAUAAAUAAUUUCUAAUUUCUAUUUUCCAAAUAAUUUUGCCACAUAAGUAACUUAAAGUGUAGUGUUUAGUCUUCCUCAAUAUAUA